AGACGGAAGGAAUCAUGUUUGUUGUGAGUGAGGAAACAGCUGAUCGAACGUUUGCUUUCUCUUGCGCAGAGGCGCCGCGUGCAGCUCUCGGUCAGCAAGUUCCAGCAGCAUGAAUGAAGCCUGGCUGGAGAUGCAUACGUACACUCACAAACUGUGUAUGUAGAACUGGGAAGAGGAUGUGAGAGGCUCUGGAUUACUCUUCUCGUCAGCGAGGUGGAAUGGGCCCGGCCUCGAUGCAGGAGGAGUCCAGCAUGGCCGAGACCGAGGAAGAGAUGGAGAGCUAUGGCUGCCUCCUGCAGGCCGGAUCCCAACUGGAGAGCACACUGCAGCAGGUGAAUGUACCCUUGAACAUGAAAGAAGUCAGAGGCUACAUUGAGAAACAGGUUGCAUACCUGUCAGGUGGCCGUGGAGAAGACUCCAGCGUCAUCAUCACGCUCCCGGAAAGCUCAGCCUUCAGGGACAUACCAGAGGAGGCCUUGGCUAAAGUCUUCACGUACCUCACUCUAAUCCCUCGAACGAGGCAACCGGGAGUAAAGUUCAUCAUCAUUUUAGACCGGAGACUGGACACCUGGGCUUCUAUCAAGACUGCAUUGGCCAGAAUAGCAGCCUCCUUUCCCGGGAACCUCCACCUGGUCCUGGUCCUCCGACCCACCAGCUUCUUCCAUCGCACCGUCACCGACAUCGGCUUUCGCUUCAGCCAAGAAAACUUCAUGCUCAAAAUGCCGGUGGUGAUGCUGAGCUCCGUCACAGAUCUGCUGAAGUACAUCAACGAAAACCAGCUGACAUCAGAGUUCGGAGGCACUCUAGACUACUGUCAUAGCGACUGGAUUGUUUUAAGAACGGCAAUUGAAAGUUUUGCCGUCACAGUCAAAGACGUGGCACACAUGCUGCAGGCCUUCGGCACUGAACUGGCCGAGACGGUCAUACCCAGCGAGGGCGACGCCAUCCACAGUCUCCUGGAGUCUCACAGUGAAAAAUACAGGAAGCUUAAAGAGGCUAUUCGAUCUUUGUCAAAAGAGGGGCAACAUCUUCUCUCAAGCCUGGAGACCACCACCAGCACCAGGGACAACGAUGACCCUGACUGGGACGUCCAGCUGGACCGGGAGACGGUUCAACGGCUCCUGGCUCAACUCCGAGACAUGGAGUUGGCCUUCGACGGCUACUUUGAGAAGCACCGUCUAAAACUGCACCAAUACCUGCAGUUGCUCACAUAUGAGCAAAGCUUUCAAGAGAUGGAGUCGUGUCUGUCGCGUGUGUCGUCUCAGCAGAGCGAGCUGUCCACGACCGUCGACACGCUGGCUCAAGUCGAGCAGGCUCUCAAACAGCUGGACACUUUGGAAACAUUUGCUCAGGUUUGUCACGUGACGGAAGUGAUGUCACACGCCCAGAUCAUCAUCCUCCACGGGCACCAGCUGUCAGCGGGCCACCAUUACGCCACCGCUCUUAUCAUGCAACGUUGCAACGAGCUGCGGCAUCACUGCGAUGGCCUCAGUGCUGCUCUGGGGAGCAAACGCUGUCAUCUCCUCCAAGCGCAGCAGCUGCUGAUGUCUCUGGACCAGGCCCAGACCUGGUGUGAUGAUGGAGCCUAUCUGCUGGCCAAUCAGCUCGUGGAGAAGUUCCAGUCCAAGGAGGGGGCUCAGACUGCUUUGAAGGCCAUCGAGAGCUUUCUGGAGGGCUCGCCGUCCGUAAUGACAUCUGGACCUGACGUUCUGGCUCUGGAGUAUGAAGCUGUCAUUACCCCUCAACUGCAGGGGAAGAUAAGUAAAACGUUUGAGAAGCACGCAGCCGUGCAGCAGAUGAUCCAGAACAGACGGGCUGGUCUGAGGAAGCUUGCCGACAAACACGUCCGACCGAUCCAGUUGGUGGCCCCCCGUGCUGAGAACCCACCUCGCUCUAAAUCGCCAAUCUUCUCUCCCAAGCAUUCUGAUGCUUUAAAAUUCACAUUUGAUCUCCCUCUGCCCGGAAAGAGGGCGUCCAGAAAAGGCCCCAAUGCUCGCAAAAUCGAGGUGAUUCACGACUACCAGGACAGCCGCAGCUGUGUGUCGUACGGCGCGGAGGGAGAGGACAGCCCGGAUGUCCUCAAGCGUCAUGUGAUAAGGGAGCUCAUCGAGACGGAGAGGAUCUACGUGGAAGAGCUGCUGUCGGUCCUCCUCGGCUACAAAGCGGAGAUGGACAACCCGCUUCUGGCGGCUCUCCUGCCGCCCGUCCUGCGGGCCCAGAGAGGUGUCCUCUUCGGAAACAUGCCCGACAUCUACAACUUUCACAGCAGCAUGUUUCUCCAGGACCUUGAAGGAUGUCUGGAUACUCCUGAAGGUGUGGGAGUUUGCUUUCUUGCCAGGAAGGAGAACUUCCAAAUGUACGAAUGCUACUGUCAGAAUAAACCCCGUUCAGACGCUCUGUGGCGACAGUUCUCUGAUCGCCCCUUCUUCCAGGUGUGCCAGAAGAAGCUCGGCCACAAGCUGGGCCUGGACUCUUACCUGCUGAAACCAGUUCAACGCCUCACCAAGUAUCAACUGCUCCUCAAGGAACUGCUGAAACACAGCACUGACUGCGAUGGAUCGUCUGAGCUGCAGGGGGCGCUAACAGCCAUGCUGGACCUGCUCAAAUCAGUCAAUGACUCCAUGCAUCAGAUCGCAAUCACAGGAUAUGAGGGGGACAUUUGCGAGCUGGGCCGUGUGCUGAUGCAAGGCUCUUUCAGUGUGUGGAUCAGCCACAAGAAAGGGCCCACGCGCAUGAAAGAGCUGGCCCGCUUCAAGCCCAUGCAGCGCCACCUCUUCCUCUACGAGAGCGUGCUGCUCUUCUGCAAGAGGAGGGAGGAGCACGGCGACGGCUGCGAUAAGACGCCCUCGUACGGCUUCAAGCACUGCAUAAAGAUGACUGCUGUGGGGAUCACAGAGAAUGUCAAAGGAGAUCCAAGGAAGUUUGAGAUCUGGUACAGCGGCAGGGAGGAGGUGUAUGUGGUUCAGGCUUCGAGCGUGGGGGUGAAGACGUCGUGGCUCAGCGAGCUGCGGCGAAUCUUGACCAACCAGCAGAAGUUGCUCAGAGACGAGGCUCAUCAAAACGGACAACUGGUAGAGCACAUGCAUCUUUCUCCACCACCUUGUGAGAGUAAGCAGCAGAGAGAGUCAGUGAGCUCUGAGGACACCGAGUCGGGAAAGAGCAGUCCGGACGCCCAGCAACGUGCCCCCAAAUACCAGCUCAACCGCAGGAGUUGGCCGGGAGCUCAUCAUCAGUCGGUGAACACCUGCAAGGGUCUGGAUGAGAAAAGUGGCAGUCAAGACACUUUCCACCAGUCUGACACACAACUGGUGAAACUGUCUCGAGGCAGAUAUCGAGCCUUGGCCGACUGCCUUCAAAACGGACUGGACAGUGUCCUCAUCAAAUGCGGCGAUGUCAUCCAGUUGAUGUGGGAAGACGACAAAGGCCGCUGGCUGGUGAAGAAUCUGAGUCGACACCAAGAUGGCUUCAUUGCGUCUGCUAGCCUGCAAGUGACCGUAAGGGGGAGCAGUCGAGCAGCCUCCUCCAGACUCAGGGGUAAAAGGAUUUUGGAUUUCAGCAGAGGUGGCAAAAUUAUUCUCACACCGUAUUUGAGUUGAGAAAUGGGCAACGUCAGGGCGAGAAAGCUUAGUUCUCCUUAGAGAGAAGGAGAUCAGACCAAAGAAACAGGUCCAGUCCUCGCUUUGUGGCACUUUGUCUCAUUCCCUGCCAUUGACGGCUAUAUCAGUCAAAGUAUCCAUGUUUACUGGGAUGGCUUGCAGUGAAUGUUAAGGAGUUGGAUUUCAUAUCCCUACAUGUUCGGAUUGACAAUCCGGAUUCCACUGGUGUUUUCUCAUCACGCUGACAUAUUGUCAACGUAUGCCGAGGACAAAGACUGUGGGAGAGGUGCGUGCUUUCCUACGAUUCCAAAGUGCGGAUAUGACUCUCAAUUGGACGUGUGUGUUAGGCUUUACUGAAUGGAUGCUCAAGUCCAGGACUGCAAUGGAUUUUCUACAGCAUAUUCAUGUUUGACUGCAAGCAAUCUUCAUAGACAAAAUGGCUUGAAGAAAAUCAUGGACCUGCACGUCAUAGCACAUACUAAUCAGAUUGCGCUGAUCUAAUUCCAGUCCUCCUCGGAGACACCAGGAAGCAUUCUGUACUUUCAUGGUAUCUGAGGGCUGCUACAAUACUCUUUUAGACACUUUCUAAGGGAAUGUCUUGCCCUUUGUAUCAGUCCUUCUGUUUUCUGCCUCAUGUGCUCUUCUGUGUGAAAGUGCCAAAAUAGGGUUUUCACUGGGGUUUUUCCUUUUGUUUUAAGGUUUUAAUAAGUAAGAAUCACCACGACAAUCUCUGUAACAAAGAAGGAGUGUGGCCUUUGUGUGCCAUCUGCCUGACUGUUUAUUCCUGUGUUAGCAUGUAUGAGGUAUAUGAAUGGGAUGCACAAGACCAGACUUCACCAGGGUUCAUGUAAUAUAGUGAACCCCCAUUUAUUGUGAGCGACACGUUUCAGACGCACCAGUGAUAAGUGAAAAAGACGUGACAGAGAGACCUUAUAAUUGUUUAUAUUAUAUAAUAGACUCCCGCCGCAUAAGGCCCGCUGCACACCGAAUGACACAACCGAACGCGACAGAACUGGAUAAUCGUGAAAAACAUAGCCGCUCACUGCCGCACAGCGCAAUUGACCCUUGCACACCACCAACUCCCUGCAGUGAAAACACUUCUGGUGUUCUUAUCGGGAAACAAUGUUUUGAAGCACCACAUAUACUACUGUAUUCUUUUUUUUUUUUUUUUUUUUUUUUAAUUAAAACCACGAACAUGGCAUGAUUGUCAAGGAAGAAACCGAUUGCCCUGGCCAACGUGUCUAUAUUAUAGCAAUACAAAAAGAGGAAAAAGGCGAGAAAUAAAGGAAAGGGUGUGCAUAUUGAGCAGCUAUUGGCAAUGAUCACACCAUUAACUAAUUGCACUCAUGUAUUUCAGUGACAGAGACUCUUCACACUUUGUUUUGUUAGCUACAGUUACAUAAUGAAAUUAUAAAUAUAGUUGUCCCUCACGAUAUUGCGAUUCCCUAUUUGCAGCUUUGCUACAUUGCAGAUUUUUUAAAUCGUAUUUUUAUCGCAGAUCAGUCGCUAUAUCGCAGGAUUUUGUGGUGAUCAUUUUUCCACACGGGCUGUUACUGCAGAGCAAUAAUCACGCUGCAUCUUAUGUUCAGUAGCGCCCAGUGAUGGCAUCAGUAGCGCCCAGUGAUAGCAUCUUGUGGCACAAUGUGGUACUACACUGAAAUCACGCAACUCUAAAUUCGGAACAUGUUUGCUUAAAAACCCGCAAUAUAGUGGCGGCAUGAAAGAUGAACCGAUAUACCAGGGGUUCGCUUCGCUGUCCACAUGAUGAAGAUGAAUACAACCGACCAAUGGUAAGGGAGCGGUGCGCCUUACUUCCUGUUGUUAGCCCCGCCCUCCACACUUCCCAAGUAGGCUGACUUUAAUGAGAGGGGAUCAUGAUAGAUCAAUGUGUGUUCAACACUUCAUGAAAUAUUGAUGGCAUAUCUAAAUAAAUUUACCAAAACCGAUUGAGCGCUCCCACCGAGGAGCAGUUUUGGAAUGGCCGCGGCGUUUGAUAUGUAAAUGUAUCUUGGAAGCAGUAAGAGCCUGGUCACAUGACAUAUUUCCGUUGUUCAAAUAUGUAUUUUGCCUUCACUUUGCAUGCCGUCUCCCCUCCCCAAGUGAAAUCCUGUCUCCGUUUAUUCAUAAGAGCCACGAUUGCUUGAAUGCUUAUACGCAACAAAAUGAGCUGAUAUUUUGUUGCUGCAGAUUUUGCACAGAUUUUCCAAACACGGAAAACAUUCUCAAAUAAAAGCUUGAAGCUUUUAUUCAUCCAGUUGAGCCAAGAAGCCUAAACCUGGCUAUGAAUGUUGCUUUAAUCCAACUAAACAAUAGAUAGAUUUGUAUUGUUAGGUUUGUUUUCACAUUUUUAGCCACGAAUUUGCAAUCUGAUUAUUGAAUAGAUCAAUAUUUAUUGCAAUAACUCCUGUGUUAAUAAGGCUACACUUUUGAUAAUGACAAUGUUUUAGAAAACAGUCCAUAAACUCCAAUUGAAUCAAUUUGCCCCUUUUGCAGGGUUUUGAUUAAAGCCUAUGAAAACAAUAAAGUGGUGCAGAUGUUCUCUUUGUGG